UGCUACGAGGUAAUCGGCUGGGUGUUAUUCCUGGGGCUCCUGGCCGGCGGGAUACGUGCGGGACGGCGCAUCGCGUCCGGGCGGACGAGGCAAGAAUAGCAGCGAUGAGACAGCGAUGCAGCGCUCGGUCUGCCCGCAUUGUGCCCAGGGUUAGCGGGGCGAGCGGAGCGGAGACGGGGCUGAAGCAGCGGGACCCGGCGGUAAAUAGGCAAACCCUUCAGCAGAAGUGAAAGCAGGUGAGGUUGCCAUGGCGUCCGUGCUGAGGAGGACCCUAGGCCGAGGACUCAACCACUCUGGUGCCACGGUUUCCAUGGAACGGUGGGCGUCUCGGCCGCAGGUGGAGUCGGCACUGCGAUGUACGUCCGUUCCUCGGCAUGCCAUAAGCUCCUGGACCAGGGCGGGGCUGGGCAGGUUUCCUGGACCGGGCAGCAGAGCGCAGUGCCCCACCUCGGCGUGGGAUCCCCCUCGCUCGCCCCUUCUCCCCGGCACCGCCGAACAUCUCCGCCCGAGCUCCACCGCUGUCCGAACCCUGACCUCCGAGGACCUGCAGAAGGCUCGAGACACCAAGGUGACCCCAGGAGAGCACACACCCCGGCAGAAGUUGAGCGACAAAGCACGGGAGCUGAAAGUUCCGACCAGCCGCCUCGAGCGACUGGCCAAUUUUGGCGGGCUCGCCGUCCGAGUCGGAGUCAGCACGCUGGUGGAAGUCACGAGGAAGAGCUUGAGAGGCAGAGAGAGAACGGGAGGGAUCUUGCGGAGCCCCGGAACCGUGCUGUCGGAGAGGAACGCCGAGAGGAUCGUCAGCACCCUCUGCAAGGUGCGGGGGGCCGCGCUGAAGCUAGGGCAGAUGCUCAGUAUUCAAGAUGAAGCCUUCAUUAACCCGGCCCUGCAGAAGAUCUUCGAGAGGGUUCGGCAGGGGGCAGAUUUCAUGCCUAGCAAGCAGAUGUUGCAGGUGCUGCGCGUCGAGCUGGGCGCGGACUGGCGGACCAGGCUCCAGCAUUUCGAGGAGCGACCCUUCGCUGCGGCGUCGGUGGGGCAGGUUCACCUGGGGCGGCUCCGGGACGGCCGGGAGGUGGCCAUCAAAAUCCAGUAUCCUGGAGUGGCCAAGAGCAUCGAGAGUGACCUUCGCAACCUGAGCGCAGUCCUCAACAUGACCAACGCCCUGCCCCAAGGUCUAUUCCCGGAACACGCCAUCGAAGCCAUGAGCCGAGAGCUGGCCCUCGAGUGUGACUACGAGAGGGAGGCCACCUCCACCAAGCGAUUCAAGGAGCUGCUGCAGGACGAGCCCUUCUUCCACGUGCCGGCGGUGAUCGAGGAGCUGAGCAGUGGGCAGGUCCUCACCACCGAGCUGGUGCCCGGGUUCCCCCUCGACAAGGCCCAGGGGCUGGAGCAACACACCCGCAACAAGAUCUGCGAGAACAUCCUGAGGCUAUGCCUGCGCGAGCUCUUCGAGUUCCGCUUCAUGCAGACGGACCCCAACUGGUCCAACUUCUUCUACGAUCCGAGGACCGGCAAGGUCUCCCUGUUGGAUUUCGGAGCGACUCGGGAGUUUGAAAAGGAAUUCACAGAUCAGUACAUCGAGGUUAUCCAGGCAGCUGCACAGCAGGAUCGGGAGGGCGUGCUGAAUAAAUCGAUCCGGCUGAAGUUCCUCACGGGCUACGAGACGAAGCGGAUGAUGGACGCCCACGUCGACGCGGUGAUGAUCCUGGGCGAAGCCUUCUCGUCCUGUCGGCCCUUCGACUUCUCCACCCAGACCACCACCCGCCGCAUCCACGCCAUCCUUCCCAUCAUGCUGCGCCACCGGCUGACCCCUCCCCCCGAGGAGACCUACUCCCUCCACCGCAAGAUGGCCGGCUCCUUCCUGGUGUGCGCCAAGCUGGGCGCGCGUGUGACCUGCAAGCCCAUGUUCGAGGAGGCCUACGCCCGGUACUGGGGCGAGCGCGGGUAGCUCCUGGGCCCGCCGCUGGGACGCGGCCUCCAGCCCCAGGGAACCAACAGGACUCUCCAUUUCCUCACUCGAGAAGCCUUUCCCCGCCUUCGCGUCCCUCUGGCCGCUCCCGCCCUCCCCCCCCCCCCCCCCCCCCCCCCCCCGGAUGUGCGUCCCCCGGCGGUGUUCCAGGCACGGCACGCCCUCACGUGCGUUAAUUCCAACCGGGGGGUGACCGCACUAUCCCGGGGCAGGCCUAUCACCGCCAUUGCUUCCGGCUGGGAUGUGGUGGUGGUGUUGGGGUGGGAUGGGGGGCACGGGAGUGGGUGGGGGAAGAGCGAAAUCUGCCGGGAGCGGGUGAGGAGGUUGUCCAUUUGGGAUUUCCGAUCCUGGGAUUGAUUGGGAAGGGGGUUGGCCCUUGGGAUUCAGCAGCACUGGAGUCAACGGGAAAGGGUCACAUCCGUCAGGAUUUAAUUUCAUAGGAGUGGAAAGGGGUUAAGUCCAUUGGGAUCUUGUUAAGUGGGGUAGGGGUUUAGUCUGUUGGGGUUUUGUAUAACAGGAGUGAGUGGGGAGGGGUUGAAUCCAUUGGGAUUUGGUUCAACGGGAGUGAGUGGGAGGAAUGUUUGGUCCAUUGGGAUUUAAUGCAAUGGGGAUGGGCGGGGAGGGGUCUGACAACGGGGGAGAUUGUGUGACGGUAGUGGAUUUCUACCAGGAGUGAAGGUUGAAUAUUUAGACUCUGUCGGCCCCGUUAGGGUUCGGUCAUCCUGGUGACAUGCUUAUUUGCAAGGCAGUUGGUGAAUCCACAUCACGGGCUCUCCGAACUCCCUCUGGAAGUACCCCGUCAUCUUGAAGCCAAAACUCCAGAGAGAAUCGGGAAUGUUCCUUUCUCCUGGUGUUCCCCAGUUAGCUCGCAGGCUCCACAAGGGAUUCUGGGGUUGUGGAGGGCUCCAGUGUGGUGAGGUAGCAGAGGCUCACGAAGGCAACUAGUCUGUGGCAUGCGAUUGGGUAGUUGAGGGCGAGCACCGUGGCAUGUUUAAGGGGUGGCAGCUUCCAACUGAGGAGUAACAAUGAGGGCGUCCAGGUAGAUGGAAUCUACCGAGCAAUGCUGUAUCCCAAAAGUUAAAGUGCACGGGAUUCAAGGAUGGGUUGGCUCUGAAAUUGAUGAUUUAGCAAACAAAAGGCUGUGAGGUUGGACUGGGUACGUUGCUGGGUUCCUCACCUCUUGUAUAUAUCAGUUGUCAGUCAGUUCAAGUUUAUUGUCAUGGGCAUAGACACACAGAGCAUAAAUGCCAUGAAAACUCUCUUAUUGCAACACAGUACAUUACAUACAUGAAAUUACAUAAAUUAACACAAAAUCACAUAAAUUAACAUGAAUUUACAUAAAUUAUACAUGGCAUGUGGCAGAAUAAAUUUUAUGACAUUACUGUAAAUUGAGGGAAAUAUAGCCCGAGGUAGAGUUAUGUUUCUCAGGUGGGUUCAAGAACCUGACGGCAGUGGGGAAGAAGCUGUUGAUGAACCUUGAGGUGGGCGGUCUUCAGGCUCCUGUACCUCCUCCCAUCGAGAAGAGGGCACGGCCCAGACGGUGGGGCGUCCCCCAUGGCCGACGUCGCCUUCCUGAGACGUCGCCUCCUGUAGACGUCCUCGAUGGUGGGUGCGGGAGGCUGGUCAGUGAACCAGACCAAUAUACAAGGGCAGGGUCAGGAGGGCUUACAAAUGCACACGGCAGUCAGCGGAGGCGCUUGCCACCGGGACCAAGGCGGCCGUGAAGUGACGGUGGCUGGGAAACUGGGAACUCAGUCCAGAACCAGGUGAGGGAAUUCGAGACGUAUGUGGACUGGGAGGUGGUGAAUCGUGAGGUGGAAGAUAAGGCUGCCUAGGCUGGGAAUAUUUCCCCUGGUGGAGGGCAGGAGGAGGGAACAGGAAGGGCCGGGAUUCCUUCCGCAGGGAGGGCAAUAGUAGGCCACUCGGACCUUCAAACCUGCCCUGCCAUUCACUACGAACUUGGCUGAUCAUCUCCCCGUCUGUCCCAGUCCCCCACGGCCCUCAAUCCCCCUUAUUUCCCCCCCCCCUUUUUAAUUCCUCCCCCAGUGAUCCAGAGAAAAGAAUUCCAGAGAUUCCACCCACCAUUUUAAACGACUGCCCGUCCCCCCCGGGAAUCCUGUAACCGGCCCCUCGUUCGAGCCUCUCCCGCCGGUAACAGGGGGC